GCAUCUGUUUAAGACCGCCAGCACCAGGAUCUCGUUCACAGUUCAGAUUUGUGAGAAUCCAGGAUAGAAAGAAAGCAAAGAGUCAUGAUGUCAGCACCAGUGUGUUUGAUUGAAAGUGAUCAAAAUGGAAAGUUUCAUGUGAGAAAAGAGGCCAAAGAAAUUCUGGAUGGAAUCAAUGAGCCGGUGGUGGUGGUGUCUGUAGUUGGACUCUACCGUACUGGGAAGUCUUACCUUAUGAACCGCCUUGCAGGACAACAGUCAGGCUUUGCUCUUGGCAACACAAUUGAGUCAAAGACCAAAGGUAUCUGGAUGUGGUGCAUCCCUCACCCAUCUAAAGCAGGACAGACUCUGGUGCUGCUGGACACAGAGGGACUGGGUGAUGUAGACAAGGGAGACUCUAAGAAUGACGGCUGGAUUUUCUGUCUGGCGGUUUUGCUCAGCAGCACCCUGGUGUACAACAGCAGAGGAACCAUUGAUAAUGAUGCAGUGCAAAAGCUCCAAUAUGUUACUGAACUCACUGAGCAAAUCAAGAUCAAAUCCCCAUCAUCUCCAUCAAAAGUAGCAGAUGUGACAGGGAAAGAGGAUUAUGAGUUUGUGUGCUUUUUCCCAUCAUUCGUCUGGUGUGUGAGGGAUUUUAUCCUGGAAUUAGAAAUUGCUGGAGAGCAAGUGACAGAGGACGAAUACCUUGAAUUUGGUCUCAAUUUAAAGAAGGAUUGCAAAAUCAGUAACUACAACGAGACUCGUGAAUGUAUCCGGAAGUAUUUUCCUUCCCGGAAGUGUUUCGUGUUCUCAUUCCCAACCUUACCGAAAAGCAUGAAACAUUUAGAGAGCCUAAAAGAGCAGGACCUUAUGCCAGAUUUUCUGGAGGCCACAGGCCAUUUCUGUGAAUACAUCUUUGAGAAGAGUGCUGUGAAAACGCUGAAAGGGGGUCACAGAGUUAAUGGGAAAAUGCUUGGUGAUCUGGCUCAGAUUUAUGCAGACACAAUCAGCAGUGGUAAUGUGCCCUGUCUGGACAAUGCAGUGGUUGCUCUUGCAAAUCAAGAGAACCAGGCAGCUGUUGAAGAAGCUUUAAAGGUUUAUAAGAGUGGGAUGAAAGAGGUGGUGAUGAAGUUUCCAGUUAGCGUGACUGAUCUUACCCAAGAGCAUCAGAACGUAAGCAGUCAGGCAACAUCUGAGUUCACAAAACGUUCAUUUAAAGAUGAAAAUGAUGAGUACCUUAAAAAGCUGGAGGAAGAGAUAGGUAAAUACUAUCUAAACCUUUUGGAGGAGAAUAAGAUGGCAUCAGAAAGGAAAUGCAAAGAGCUCCUGAAGGAUCUGUUUUCUAGUAUGAGUGAACGACUGAAUAAUGGAGAAUACAGUCGGUGUGGAGGAUAUGCAGCUUACUGUAGAGACAGAGACGCCAACAUUGAAAAAUACCAGAGUGAACCAAACAAAGGAGUCAGGGCUGAAGCUGUGUUGAAUGAGUUCAUAAAUGAGAGAGGACCUGAGGCAAACAUCAUCCUUCAAACUGAUGAACAACUGACUAAAAGGGAGAAAGAAAUUCAGGAGGAGAGAGAAAAGAAAACUCUGAUGGAACAGAAGCUUAAGGAGGAGGAGGAGAAACGUAUUGAGAGUGAGCUACUGUUGGAGGCAGAGAAAAAGCGCCAGGAGGAAAUGAAGAUACAGAUAGAGGAGAAGUUUAAAAAGGAGAUGAAGCAACAGCAGGAUGAGAUAAAAAGAGGUCUGGAGAGCAAACUAAAGGAGCAGGAGGAGCUGCUGAAGAAAGGCUUUAAAGAGAAAGCUGAACUUCUUGGCAAAGAGAUGAAUAAGUUACAAGAAGAGCAAAAUAGUUUUGGAGUUGUAGGGAAAUUUUUUGGUAAUCUCUUUGACAUAGUUCCCAACCUUGUCACUGGCAAGGGCUUUAUAUGGCGUUAAACUAAUGUGAGUAUUUUAUAACAAUAUACUCCACACUGCUCCACUUUGCUUACUUUCUCAGAUAAAAAAUAAUUUUCACUGGGAUCGAGAAAUCAUUAGAAUUUUAAGGUCAUGCACUGGAUAUGCCCUAUCUUCAUAAACUUUUUAAAGGGACUAUAAGUAGGAUUUACCCCAUCUAGUGGUGAAACUGUAUUUUCCAUUCAAACGAAUAGUGCUCUCUAGCGCCUCGCUUUUCCAAAUGCGUGUUGCAACUACGGUAGCCGUUAUGUACUCACUGAUCUCAUUGUCCGUUUCAGCUGGUUCACGUGUUGUGAACAAAAACGUGUUGCGGUAGGCUAGUGCUUUUUGUCCCUCUCUGCUAUUAUAGUUUUUCAAUAGAGGGUAUGCAUUGAUGUCACUUUUCCACCUGACCACCCGGAACUCACCCUGUUGA